AAAUUGUGACCUUGAAUUAUGUAUAGUGUCGUAUAAAUUUAAGCGUUACGCGUGCUUCCCUAAAUCUCUCAGGAUGCUUUCUUGUCCUUUUCUAAAGAAGAUACCUCUGGCAACCAUUCAGAAGGAUGCCCAACAACUUGCUACACUUAUACCAAAAUGCCCGUUUGCUAGCCGGCUGUUUGAGAAGGCCGGUCUAAAAGCAGUCCGAUUUUCUUCACUUGCUAGCGCCAACGUUAUCCCCACCACAGAAGACUCUAGUGUCUGCAAGGAUGUUUCCCAGUGUCUACUAAAGAAGUGUCCUUAUUCUUCGGCCUUGUCAUCUGAAAAUACCCCCUCGUGCGAGCAGCCUCCAUCGAAACACCGUGGCAUUGUAACAAAACAACACAAUACCAAGAGAGCUCACUCCGAAGAGCUAACCAUACCGAAGACGUGCGCGUUGUUUGAGGGCUGGCAAGCAAGCGGAAUUGCAAUCUCUUAUCCCAACUCCAAAUCACCCUCAAGCGCUUACCCGCAGUCGCCGUCGAAUGAACAUAAGUUGGAUUUGACAAAGGGAUUUGAUUAUGUCGGCUUUUGCUCGUUUGAGAUAGAACGGAAAAAGAAAGACGCAACAUACCGCGUGUUCCGUCGUGUGCUCCGAGACGCGAAUGACUUCCCAUUCGCCGAUGACUACUCAACUGGAUCUCGACGUCGAGUCGCUAUCUGGUGUUCCAACGAUUACCUCGGCAUGAGCUGGCAUCGCAAAGUUCAGGAGGCUGCUAUAAAUGCCAUUCGAUCACAUGGAGUGGGUUCUGGAGGAACACGUAAUAUCUCUGGCAACUCUGUACUCCACGAGUCUCUCGAGGCGGAGCUGGCCGAUUUGCAUGGAAAGCCUGCCGCUCUAGUCUUCACAAGCUGUUAUGUAGCAAACGAGGCUAGUUUGUACACGUUGGGUACUCGGCUACCGAACGUGACCAUCUUCUCCGACGCUGGCAAUCAUGCGUCCAUGAUACAUGGUAUUCGAACGAGCCGCGCUCCGAAGAAGAUUUAUCGACACAACGAUGUGGAUCACCUCAUUUCGAUGCUGGCUGAAGUUCCGUUGGAUGCCCCGAAACUGGUUGUAUUUGAGACAGUGCACUCCAUGACGGGAGACGUUUGCCCAAUGGAAAGGCUUCUUGACGCGGCUGAGGCGAGAAAUGCACUCACUUUUGUGGACGAGGUCCACGCCGUAGGCCUGUAUGGCGCCCGUGGAGCCGGAGUGGCCGAACGGGACAGGGUUAUGCACCGAAUCGAUGCGAUCACUGGAACUUUAGGAAAAGCUUUUGCUAGCAUCGGAGGUUACCUGGCAGGAGGUCGUGAAUUGGUCGACAUGAUCCGAUCGUACGCUUCCGGAUUCAUCUUCACCACAUCCUUGCCUCCAUCUGUUCUGGCUGCUGCACGCGCGAGUGUAGAGAUUCUUAAAUCGCAAGAAGGCCGAGAUUUGCGUGCAGAACACCAACGAAGAGUUUCUAUCGUGCGGCGACGACUGAAAGAGGAGGGCUUACCUGUGAUCGAUGCGCCUUCGCACAUACUGCCAUUGCACGUUGGAGAUGCGGAGCUCUGUACCCGCAUCUCAACGGAGCUGUUGGCUGAGCACAGCAUCUACGUGCAAUCCAUCAACUAUCCGACGGUGGACAAGGGCGAUGAACGAUUGCGUAUUGCACCCACGCCGCACCACACGGACGCGUUGACAGAGCAACUAAUCGACUCACUGUGCACAAUUUGGCGAAAAUACGAUCUUCCGUUGGUUCACUCAUCGGAGCGCCGGUUGAAGCGCGCACCACCGUCGUUUGCUUGAUGAACCGAUGAUAAUACACUGUGUUGCUUUUAGUCUAGAUAUCACCUUAUCCACAUUAGCCAUUUUCUGACACCCAUUCUUUCAAAUGGUAACACGGGGCAUAUGUGAAGGAAAGGAAGCAAUUAACAAAUGGUAUCCAAAUUGUAC